AUGGACUCGCUAGAGGCCAGAUUAAAGUUCAUAGAGGUUAUUAAGACUCUCCACAAGACACUCAACGUCAGCAAAGACACCAGUCCUUCGUCGGUAUCGUCGUCUGCCAUUGAUCCCGUCCAUUUUUACCUCGUCCAUUACGAAGACCACUAUGAAGAUUUCCAUCGAUGUCUAUUUGAGGUAGCAGCGUCUAUGGACUCCUUAGAUAGGGUUAAUGUGCUGAUAUAUUGGAGCAGACUUAUAUCAUCUCUUUGGCCUCGUUGUUUGAAGGAGGUAGACGGCCAAUACAACAUUGCAGGAAAGGUAGUCCACGACCUCCUGCUAAAGGACCUGAAUCAAAUAGUCCACCUUGUGAUGCCUAAAGGUGACUGGAAAGCAUUGAGCAAUCUGCAGAUUGUGAUCGACGUGUUCUUACAUAUCAGUAAGCUCACAAACUCUGCAGAGGCCUGUAAUACAGCACAACUUACCUAUCCUAGAGAUAAAUUCCCUCUAGACAGCGUUCUCACCCGAGCCAUUGAAGAACGCUCGUUAGAUGUUCCUUGGCGCUCUCCUCAGCCUGAUUCGCAAGAUAUUCUUCGGGACACGGUCGAUCUUCUUCUUGACAGGCGCGCGAAGUCGCUUUUCCUACAAGACUACUUCUCACGCCACGGAAUAGUGAAUGUCACGGCCUCAACAAAUGCCACAACUAUCCUUCAUCGGAUGGAAAAUGAUCGCGAGCGUCACAAGAAAUCCAAGGAACAUUUAUGGUUUACCGAAAGGGAUACAUCCAUGUUGGAAAUCGCAGAGUUUGAUGCGCUCUGGCAGCAAAAUCGAAUGGGCAUGACAAGGGAUGACUAUCAAGAUGUAAAAGAGCUCCAGCAUAUUGCACAAGAGAGCUACCUAUACCAGAUAUAA